CAUCACAAAGGCAUCCUGAAUCCCAGGCUGUUUGAGGCGGAUGCAAAAGCGCGAUGCCCAGAUUAGCGCGACAUUAGAAUCGCCUCCGGAGCGUGCUGGCUUUUUGAUUAGGCGGGCGCCCACCGCUUUUGACCGGUGGUUUGCGCUGGCUUCCUGAGAGGAAGGACGGACGGACUCGGAGGAAACAGCACAACAUCAACCGGCAACGCACUGCAUACGUCCCAACACUCGAUAUGACAACCUUACGGCGGUUCGUCGCAGACGACCUGUUCUCCUUCAACAACGUAAACCUUGAUCCUCUGACGGAAACUUACAACAUCUCGUUCUAUCUGCAAUAUCUCGCACAAUGGCCAGACUAUUUUGUCGCUGCCGAGGCUCCUAGCGGGUCCUGCAUGGGAUACGUAAUGGGCAAAGCAGAAGGUCGUGGGAAACUAUGGCAUGGACACGUCACAGCCCUCACAGUAGCGCCCGAGUUCCGACGGCUAGGGCUCGCGCAGGAGCUCAUGGGGAUACUUGAAACCGUUUCCGACAAAAUUUACAACGCCUUCUUCGUCGACCUCUUUGUCCGCGUCUCCAACAAAGUCGCAAUAGGGAUGUACGAAAAGUUCGGAUACUCCGUCUAUCGCCGCGUGCUGGAGUACUACACCGGCGGUGGAGAACCUGAUGAUUCUACUGAAGAUGCGUUUGAUAUGAGGAAAGCACUACCGCGAGACGUGAGAAAGGAAAGCAUCGUCCCGCUGCCGCAUCCGGUCCGGCCUGAAGAUCUCGAGUGGUGAUCAGGACUAGAUACCACCAAGACUGUCAAAUUCCGGCCAUUGUGUCGUGUCGCCUACCCCGCGUCUCUCACGGCAAGCAACGCGGGCGAGAGAUGGACCAGAAAUCUGACGCAGAUAAGGGAGGUUUCACGGACCCUCCCGUCUCCGUUCCCACACUCAAUGCCAACGACCGCAGACAUGUGCGCUGAGAUGGCGAAUCCGAUGAGACGUCGGAGCCUUACACGCGACAAGUCGACUAUGGCAGGCAGAGGGGUGACAAUCCGUCAUGGGGGCUCCUUCGGCGUAGCAUGUAGCGGAUCUAUAGUUAGCAGUCUGAUCAACAACGAGCUGCGGGUUUCCCGUCGACUUGAGAUCAGAGAUUAGAGGACGGUCUCAAGUGGGCGUAAUCCGGUGUACUGUAUUUAGCACCUCCAAACUGGGCCAUUACGAAGCAACCCAAUCCGCCCAAGAUAUCGAUGAUAAAACAGCCAGCCCACCAAAAAUAUCACUGGGCG